AUGAGCAUUAACUAUCUCAGGACAGCGCUUCUAAAUAGCCACUCCGAGUCGAUUCGACUCUCUCAAGCCUCUGCCUCGCUCGCAGACCAAUUCCUAUCCGGCUCUCCUGCACAAACCCCUCCCGCGUCACCGGCUCCGAAGAGCGAGAACCCAGACGCUCCCACUAAAGACUCGUUCGAAACACCGUUCAAGAAGCACUGUGACGGCCCCGAGGAAGGCUUCUCAAACGUCGCAGUAAUGACCCCCAUUCUCGAGGCAGAACUAUUUGGCACCACACAACGAGCAGACGAAGACUUCUUCAAACAAGUCGUGAAGACGAGGGUGAAACAAUCCGAUGCCUCGAUCGGUCGGUUCGUCCGGGACUCUGGUCUUUACAACCACGAGACCAAGCGUUGGGACGGCCUCAACCCCGAGACACAGCUCGAGAAAGAUCUCUACGACCCUCUAUGCAACAUCUUCGAACAAGUCGUCGCAACGUUUAAGCUCGAGCAACGCGAGGUCAUCCCCACGUUCAACAUCCAGAUCAAGCAUAUCGAAGACUGCUUGGCAGACUCCACACUCAAGACGUCUCCUGACCUCUUCUUCUACGGCUCAGACACCAAUUUCCAUGCCGAGAAUCUUCAGCUAAAACGCAAGGAGAAGGCCAACUACCGCUACUGCGCAUCGCCUUGCGAGGUCAAGACCGAGAAAAACUUGACCGAAGGUGUUGUAACGCAGGUUGCGGUGUAUGCUCGACAAUGUUUCAUUCAGCAGGGGAACCGUCAUUAUGUAUACUCCCUUGUCAUCACCGAGGAACGCGUGUUCUUGCUGCAGUUCGAUCGCAACGGGGUCUUACGUACCCAGUCGUUCGACAUUCACAAGAAGCCAAAGGAUUUCAUUUACCUCAUCCUCCUCGUCUCUUCUCCCGACUGCGCCACCCUCGGGUUCGAUACCAACGUCUAUUGGAAGGAAGACAAACGAUACAUCACCACCCUCAACGAAAACGGGGAACGCGUCGAGUACGAGAUCAUCAACUCAAAACCUUUCUUUCAGCGACGGACGAUUCGCGGUCGCGGCACGCUUUGUUGGCUUGUCCAAGCCAAUGGCAUCAUGCGGAUCGUCAAGGAUUCCUGGCAGGCUAAAGGCCGGGAUCCUGAACACAACCUGCUGCAGAAAGUCGAGGGUCUUCCUGGUGUCGGUCAGAUGAUCGCCUUCGAGCCGGAGAACCUGUCAAUUGCGAAACUGAGAGGCAUGGAAGGACAAGGCUUUCCUGAUGGCAUGGCCAAUCGCCUGUUUCGUCGCAUUAUCCUCCAGGCGUACGGCAAUCCCAUACAUAAGUUUUCAAGUCGGAUGCAGCUUCUAUGUGCAUUCCGUGAUGCCGUGGCAGGCCACCAGCGUAUGUGGGAGAUGAAUGUUAUCCACCGAGACAUCAGUGUCAACAACGUUCUUAUUGGCGCGGACGGCGCAGAAGAAGGGUGGAAGGGUGUUGUCAUCGACCUGGAUAUGGCCGUAUUCUGGGAGCGCGAGCUGACCAUGGCUCUAGUCGAUUUUCGAACGGGCACACGGGCCUUUCAAUCUCUAUUCGUCCUCAACAGCGAAAAAGACAGGGGCAAGAAGCGGAUUCUCGCUCAUGACUACCUAGACGAUCUCGAAUCCUUCUUCUAUGUCUUCUGCUGGGUCUGCAUGCGCUACGACGUCGAUGCGAAUCUACUCAAGGACCCACCUCUCAAAGAGUGGGAGAGCGAGAACAUCAAGUUAGGGUACUUGUCUAAGAAAGAGUUCCUCACCAGCGAGCCCAUCGAGCACGAUCACAACGAGGUUAUCGACACCUUUGGACCCAUCUUCCAGACGUUGUUUGAUGCCCUUCGGGCAUUUUUGCGCGAAAAGUACUACUGGAAACUCGAGAACAGGAACACGAUGCCGACCACGAUCGAUGCGAUGCUACCUCGCUCAAAGAAGGAUUAUGCAACUUUUAUCAAUUUAUUCGAUACUUCAAUUGAAGCCCUGAAAAAGGAGGAAGCGACGUCCUCGAGUCCCCCUCUGCCGCCACCUGCCCCCGCCCCCGCCCCUCUAUUUGUACCAUCUCCCCAUUCCAGCAAGCAAGCUGAGUCGUCGGGGGCCCUGAAGCGUACCCGAGACGAACGAGAUGCAGGUGCAGCCGAAAUGGACGUUGAUGGAGAGCAAGCACCUCCGGCUUCGAAGCGACCCUACACUGGAUCGAUGUCCAGCUCACAACCUGGGGUGGCACCAGAAUCGGCUAUGCCGGCCGCAGCCGCGGUGACUGUCCCUGCUCCAAGGCGGUCCUCGAGGCUGCGGACUGGGUCCAUUCAAUCAGUGCAAGCAAAUGUUGAGGCUGCCCCAGCACCAGUGGCGAGAAGACGAUCGACAAGAUCGAGGAAUGGAUCGAGGUCGACCCAACCAGCAGAGGCUCCCAUCAACAACGGCGCGUCGUCCUCGAACGGAACCCAAUCUAGGCCACGUAACGGUUCGGCAGGCUCAGGAGGGAGGCAGACAACAAGCAGGGCAGGAUCCGGAGGAGCUAGAAAUACAACGAGAGCGAGGGCGCAAUCGGGAGGGGCGAGCAGUGAAUCUACUGGCGUGACGGGCCUUCGACGCGGUCGAGAGGCUACGCGCAAAGGGGGCGAAACGUAG